CAAAAUUUCAGCUGUUUGCUUGUCCCCUUCAAACGCAAAUAAACCCCCUCUCAUUUCUCUUCUUCUUCCGCCUCUCUCUCUCUCUCUUUCUCCUCCAAAACUUACACUCCUCACAACUCUCUUUCCUCUCUACAAUUUUUCCUUCUCACACCAAAAGCACACACUCCUUUCACACAUUCCUCUUUUAGCUCCUUUUACAUAGUUACUAUCCAAUGGAAACACCUGAGUUCUUCCAAGCAAGUUACUACAACUCCCAUUCCGAUGCCAAAAACGGUGACCAUUUCGUCGUUGAGGACCUUUUGGACUUGCCUAACGAUGAUGGAAUGGUCACUGAUGGUACGUUGGACGCCACAUUCACUGGAAAUUCCACGGAUUGUUCCGUUGUCGAUAAUUCAUGCAACUCCUCAUUGUCCGGAAACAAUCACGACCCACAAUUACUAGGUGACAAUAUUGGCUAUCGAAAUUAUCCUGACGGACACUUCUCCAGUGACUUCUCCGUGCCGUAUGAUGAUUUGGCCGAGCUGGAAUGGCUAUCGAAUUUUGUGGAAGAAUCAUUCUCAAGUAACGAAAUGCAGAAAUUACAGUUAAUUCAAGGAAUGAAGACUCGAACUGAUUCGGAGACUCACCAAUUUAUUCCUGACCCGAACCGAGCAUCUGCAGCUAACCCAAUCGGGUUCAAGCCAGAAAUGCCCGUCCCGGGCAAAGCACGUAGCAAGCGGUCACGCAUGGCUCCAGGCAACUGGGCGUCCCGCUUGCUAGUCGUGUCUCCUAACUCUCCCAACUCUACAACCCCGGACUCCCCGAUGGACACGUCAUCAAUGCAAGACAUGUCAUCGUCAUCAGAGUCCGGGAUAAUAAUUCCGAGCUCUGGUGGUAAGAAGACAAUCAAAUCUUCUACUCCGAAAAAGAAAGAGAGUACUCAUCAUGUUAACGUUCCAAAUAACAUGGCUAGCAAUAGUGAAGGAAGGAAGUGUCUUCAUUGUGCUACAGAUAAGACACCACAAUGGAGAACUGGACCAAUGGGUCCAAAAACACUUUGCAACGCGUGUGGUGUAAGGUACAAGUCUGGACGUCUUGUCCCUGAAUAUCGUCCUGCUGCUAGCCCAACUUUUGUGCUGACUAAGCAUUCGAAUUCUCAUCGCAAAGUGCUUGAAAUUCGGAGGCAAAAGGAAAUGACUCGGCCUGAUCAACACCACCAAUUCCUUCCUCAGAACAUGAUGUUCGAUGUAUCCAAUGCCGAUGAUUACUUGAUUCAUCAACAUAUUGGGCCCGAUUUUCGACAGCUAAUCUAGUGAUCAAUGGUACUGGUUUAGGAGUUUGCUUUCUGAUAUUGAGUUUCUCUUCUUAGAGGAUUGAAUUUCCUGAUUUUUUUUCUAGAUUAAUUUACUAGGACUAGAUUCCUAGCUUAUCGAAUUUUGUAGCUUUGUUAUAGAAAUGAAAAAAAAUUACAAAGGAAAAGUGAGAGACUAAAAGAGUAAAGAAUGAGCAGUACAAGUAGAAGGUGUAGGGUCUAGUGUCCUAAGUUUAUGUUCCUUUUGCCAAAAACUUGGCAAUUUCAUCGAACCAAUUUUUCCUGAUAUACAAACUUGUUUUUCUCUUUUUUAAGUCUACUAUUUUUCUCUUGCUUUAUUCUAAUUUUCUUUUAUCAUGCCCAAUGUA